UUUAAUAAAGCUAUGUAUAUAUACAUAUAUAUACUCCUGACCUAUUUUUUCUUUAUAGAAUUAAAAGGCUCGGCCCAACGGCUACUUUCAGAUCCACCAAACAGCAGUGUACCUCCCGCCCGUUGACACCAAAUUUGAAAUCCAAAUACCAACAGCCAACACUCAAUCCAAAUACCAACAGCCAACACUCCUCGAUACCCGUGUCAUCCUCCGCCAAUCCUCUUAUAAGUCUCUCAGUCCUACUUUACCUCUCCACCAUACCUUCCUCAUCUCUUCUCGUCCUGAUCAGAACCCGAAGCGAAACCAAUGGGCGUUUGCUUCAGCAAGAAGAGAGAUCCUUCCUCCCCGACCAAAGCUCUCUCCAACAACUUACCCAAACAGAAUGAUACUUCAGUGAAGGAAGAGAAGGAGGAGCCUAAAGUAGCAGAGAAGAAGCCGGUUCUCUCAGCGGCCACUCCUGCCUUGAGGUCAAAGAAGGCUUUCGUUGCUGAAGAAAAGGAGAGAAAGGAAGGGGAAAUACCUGCGAAGAACAGCUCCCAGGCUGAAGAGGAACAGGUUUGUAAAGUUGCAGCUGCCGCUGAUGAGCAGCAGCCGGCGCCAUUGACGACUUCGAGCUGCACCAAAGAGGAACUCGAUGCCAUCCUGAUCCAAUGCGGCCGCCUUAGCCGCAGCUCAUCUGGUAGGACUUCGAAGGAGACAGAUGGAGGUAGGCAAAGGAGGUACUCUGGCUCUAAGAGAAGCUAUGACUUUGAUAACGAGGGGAGGAAGGAGCAAGAAGUUGAGCAAGAUAAUCAGUUGUCAAGGCCUUCUCCUCGCAGGCGAGCUCCCAACAGAGAGAGGUCAGGGAGUAGAGAAAGGGGGAAUAGCAGAGAGAGAAGAGUGAGCAGAUCUCCUGGAAAGAGAUCUGAAGGUCCAGUUUCCAAUACCUCUGUUUCAGAUAAGCAGAGGCAGCAACCCGCUAAGAUGGUAUCUGUUCCUGCUAGGGAAAAGGGAGCUUCUUUUGUGAGCGGCGACGUUGGUGGUGGAAAUUUGGGAGCAAAAAGGGCGACGGUCACCAUGCCGUCCGGGGGAUUGAGGAGCGCGUCUCCAAGGUCCCGGUCACCGGCUAACAACACCAGGCCAUCUAAUGAGAACGCCCAGCUUCAAUCCCUGAGCAGGAAUUCCUCUAGGAAGGCAGAGCAGUCUCCUUGUAGAAGAAAUCCUCUGGCUGAAAUCGAUGACAGCUCACUUAGAAACCAGAAUGGAGACUCCGACAAUGGGUUUCAGAAGAACAGAGAAGUAGAUGAGGGGGUGAGAAAGCAGGCGAGCACAAUUUACUCUUUUCAGAAGCCUGGUGAAGGCAUUAGCCAGAUAUGUAGUUCAGAUCUGAGAAACAGCAGCCAUGUCAGUGUCUCCAUUAAGCAGCAGCAGCUAAAAAAGCAGGAAAUAUUAGAAGAAGAGAGAGAUGCAAAGACAGCCAUUGAAAUAGAAAGCCACAUCCCAAGAACACUAACAAGAACCAGAUCAUCAAGAAGAUCAUCCCGUGAUCUUGACAAUAACUCAGGACUCAAUCCAACUUCUUAUGCUUCCUUGUUACUUGAAGACAUCCAGAACCAACAACAGCAGCAUCACACUGCCUUCUCCCUCCCAGCCUGCAUCUCCAAGGCUUGCUCCAUCCUCGAUGCUGUUGCCGAUCUAAAUUCCUCUUGCUCCGAACGCAGGAGCUAUGAAGCAGACCAAUCCACCAACAAAGGUGGAUUUACUAGAAGGGGAAUAUUGGCUCGUAGGGAGCCAUUUUUAGAGUCAGAGCUGGUAGUGAAAGAUGAUCUGAUUGAGCCAAGCCUGCACAAGUAUGUUACAGUGAGAGAAAUUAGAAGGGAUUUGGAGCCUCAGGAAUCUGCUGGGAGCAAUAGCUUCGAAGGGCAACCGUGGGCUUCCAUGUGGGAGAUGAAUUCAGUUGAUUCAGCCGGGGGGAUUUUCAUGACUGGUAACAUGACUCAGGUAGAGGUUGGGGAGGAAGAUGAAGUUGGCCAAGCUGGAAAUCAGCAACAGCAGAAGUCAUGGCAGAGAUCAGGAGCUUCUUCCUGCAGAAGGAAUUUCCCUGCUGAUCGUGUGACUGCGGCAACGCCGCGGGGCCGCUGA